AUGGCCGCGCGACGCCCGGUGCUGUUCGUCCUUGCCGUGGCGGCAUGCCUUUGGCUGUUCUCCUCCAGCGGCCCGGAGGAGGCCGUCUUCGUGGCUCAGGCCCCUGCCCUGCGCGGCCAGGCAGGUGCCUUUGCUGGCAGCAGCAUCGAGCUCACGGCAGUGGAGUCGCCAGUGGUGCUGAAGGCCCUGCCGGAGCCUCGCCCCAACGAUGCCAUGCUGCCCGUCGAGCUGAACCGAACCUCCCUCUACUGGGGCUUGCUGCUGAUUUGUCCGAACCCAGUCGCGCGAGCCAGCGCAACUGAGGGCCUGGCAGCCUUGCACUUCUCGCAGGUGCACUGCGCACGUUGUGCCAAUUGCGCGGAGCUGGGCAUCUGCAUCUUCCGGUUGCCGCAAGUCUCCUCUGAGAAGGCCUUCAAGGAGACAUCACAAGCCGGCCGCCAUGCAGCGGACUUGUGGAACGUGAGACUCUGCGGUCGCUGCGAGAAAAAGACACGAGCAAAGGUGACGGCGCACAGCCUGAGCGGAGACUCUUGGGUGGUCGAUGGCCAGCAGGGCUGGUGCGUGGGAGAUGCCAUGAAGGUCUUGGAGGAGAUGACAGGUGUGCCCCAGCGUGACCAGAGGCUCCUCUCCGGCACUCAGGAGCUCAAGGAGACGGAUGCCCUGAGUGCCGUGGCGGAGGCUUACCCCUCCUUGAUUCUGACCCUUCUGGUGCGGAAUCCGGAGUUUGCAGAGUGGCGAGAGCGUCUUCGCGCUUCCGACUUCCCCCAGGAUUUAUUCAGGAAGGCGCCAGAACAUAUUCGCGACGACCGGGAGAUUGUUAUGGCAGUGCUCGAAAGACACGGCUUCUCUCUGAAGUUCGCUUCUUCGGACCUGCAGGAUUGCCAGGAAGUGGUCCUGUGCGCGGUGCGGCAGACUGGCGCCGCGCUGGCCUAUGCCUCCCGCGAUCUCAAGGCCAACAAGGGCGUUGUGCUUGCCGCGGUCCAGCAGCAUGGGUCGUCCCUGGAGCACGCGUGCCAGGAGUUGCAGAACGACCGCGAAGUGGUCUUGGCGGCCGUCUCCAACCAAGGCCGUGCUUUGCGCUACGCUUCCAAGGAGCUUCAGGCAGAUCCAGAUAUCGCGCUGGCGGCCGUGAAGAAAGAUGCUGCGUCCUUGGCCUUCGCUGCAGCCGAGGCGCGCAACAACAGGGGCUUGAUGGAGCAAGUUGCAGAGCACCAGCCGCAUGGGAUUCGUCAUGCAGGUGAAGACCUGCGCUGUGACUGGGGCCUCUGGCUCAAGGCUGUUGCCCGAGAUCCUUCCGUUCUGGUCUUUGCUCCCCAGGAGUUGCGCGCUGGCCGGGAGUUUAUGUGCCUGGCGGCGCAGCGGAAUGGCUUCGCGCUGGAGUAUGCUGUUAAGUCGCUGCAGAACGAUGGGAAGUUGUUGAUGAUUGCGGUCGGGCAGGUUGAGCAGCAGUGCCGCACAGAGUCCGCCUUGAAUGAGCAGGACCUGGCUUGGCAGCGCCUCAACCCGCUCAUGGUGUGA